AUGCAACUGCUUAGAAGCUUGGUUAUCUGGGUCUUGCUAGUCGCAGCUGGACCUAAAUGGGUAAUUUCGUUAACAGGCUAUCAGGUCCAAGUCCGAGUACCCGUGUGGGACGCUGGAGGCCUCAUCAAACGAGUUACUAGUUUCUCCAAGGGUCAUGUUAGUAAUCAAAAAAAGAAAGAUCGACCCAACUAUGAAGAGUUGUGGCCUCCUUAUUAUGGAUACUACGAUCCUUCUGCGAUAUUUUAUCCUCCUCCUCCGUUCUAUCCAUACCCACCUUAUGUGCCACCAAUAAGUCUCCCGUGGCCAACAUCUAAACCAACGGAGCCAACAACUGAACCAACAACUGAGCCAACAACUGAGCCACCAACCGAGCCACCAACUAAGAGACCAACUAAAGGUCCAACUAAAGGUCCAACUAAAGGACCAACUAAAGGUCCAACUAAAGGUCCAACUAAAGGACCAACUAAGGGACCAACAAAACGACCAACAAAAGGUCCAACUAAGACACCCACUAAAGGACCAACUAAGGGUCCCACGAAAGGACCAACGAAAGAUGCAACUACUGAAACAACAACUGAGGUAACAACGGAGACAACAACGGAUGCAACAACGGAGACAACAACAGAGACAACAACGGAUGCAACCACGGAGACAACAACGGAUGCAACAACGGAGACAACAACGGAGACAACAACGGAGACAACAACGGAUGCAACAACUGAGUCAACGACGGAUGAUACAACGGAAGCAACAACAACUCGACCAGAACGCGAUCUUUGCUCAGUGUACCCUUAUCUUCCGGAGUGUCAAGGAAUCAAAUCUCUGCAAUUGACUGACAAAAGGAUAAGUAAUGUUUUCAAGUCGCAGCAGAAACUUUCGAUUGAAACCAUGCCACACUCGGUGACAUCCCUCUGUUUUUAUUAUCCCCGAUUGUGUAUGAAGCCCGAAGAAGCUCAAUUUGUAAGACUGUCAGACGAGAACGGAAGACCAUUGCUUCUGAUAUCUCCAGUAGAGGAAAAAUCAUCUCAAUCUCUCGUGAAAAAUGGGUUAGGGCUAACGCGCAAAACUACAGCAUAA